AUGGCCAGCGAAAACGAGACGGGCUUCGCCGCCUCUCACGAGUUCCAAUGCACAGGUUACAAGGACCUCGAGACUGGUCAGCCCUGCAACCAGAGGUUCAAGACGGCGAAAGAGCUGAGACGCCAUAAGAAGUAUCGGGAUGAUCACGACUACUGUUAUAAGUGCGACAAAGACUUCCCAGAUUGGGCAGCCUACGUCAAACACAAAUCGGAGGAGCCUCUACAACAUCCGGCGGCUUGCAGAGUUUGCGGGGAGGAGUUUGGCUCAAUUAGCGGAAUGAAACGCCAUCUCGAGGCUUCGCACCCAGUUGAUCAGAAUGUCCCGUGCAUCGGGUGCGGCGAAACAUUCCCACGAGCAUCGCGCAUGAUUGAUCAUCUUGAGAAAGGACAGUGCCCGAAGAUCAGUGCCGCUCAGUUUUCUGGGCAUCUGGCACACAAAACUAUCGUCAGCAAGCUUCUGAAGUCCCCGGAGCAGCUAGCCAAGAUCAAUGCCCUCGCAGGCUAUGAAGAAGCGGCCCAGGAUGACGACGAGGGGGGGGGUGUUGCUCUGCUCGAUGACAGCCAGGGCCCCAGGCUUGAAUAUGAAGCUCUGGAGCCAGAGAAGACACUCGGAUCGGUCAAUGCACCCCGACUUGGGGAGAGCUUCCCUGCCUUGCCAUCGUCGAAGCCUGAGGGACAACGCGCAAUGGACAGCCUGACGACUAGUGCUGCUAACAUGCGUCUUUCUGAAGCUGCCCAGCCAGGUGUUGUUUCCAAGGUCGCUGGUCCAGAUGCUAUCGCGCCUCAGAAUCCUUGGUCUGGCCCUGGAGUCACAAAAGCACUCUUCCCGAAAGCCAAGGAGACACCGCCUACCGAUGCAUGGAAGUACAAAUUAAGAGCGCGUGACUUGGUCGAUGAAAACAAUGAGAUCAACCUAUUCAAAGAUAGGUUCUGGGAUCCUACUUGCAAGGACUUUGACCCGAAACGAUUCUACCAUCCUAUCCUCAUGACCUAUCAAUGUCCGUUCCCUCACUGCGAGGAAAAAUUCGCGAAUGACUUCGACCUGGAAAAUCACAUCCUAAGCAUUCACCGUAUGAGAGAUCAACGCUGCCCAUCAUGCUGCAAGAUUUUCAAAUCUAGCGCAGCAUUGAUUGCGCAUGCCGAGGCCCCGAACAGCCGUUGUCAUCUUUCGAAGAGUGACAAGUUCACUCAGGCUCUUGAUGAACUAUCCGGUGGCUUUUUGGGAGCAACUUACACCAUCCGCCCCGACCAUGUCCCACACGAAAAUCCUGAAAUCGAAGAGUUCGAGCAUCCUAUUACCAAAGAGAAGUUCCAAGUUGAGAAGCAGCCGAUUCCCGUGGGGUACAACCAAUACGAGUCGACCAAACCUCCCGACUGGGUGGAACCGGGCUCGGAGCUGGACUAUCUGAAGUGGACCAUUUGA